UUGCCAGGGCUGCUGCCUGGCAGCGGAAGAAGCGCGGCCGAGCGCGGACUCGCAGGCUCAGCAUCUCUCGCUGCCCAGGAGACCGCAGUUUUUUGGUGAAUACUAUUUACUCUUGAAGUCUAAAGCAUCACAAAACAAUGAAAGGUCAUUUCAGAAGUUAUACCGUGAAUGAAGUCUCCAGACCUGAGCUACCGAGCCAUGGCUAUGACAACCCUGCUUUCCAGCUGAAUGAAGUAGCUGCCCAAAAUGAUCACUUUAAAAAGAACCAGAAAAAAAAGGAAAAUGAGAAGUCAAAGAAGGAAAAGAUCAUGAUGGUUGGAUUUUUUGAGCUGCUCCUGUCAGUGUUGACUACAAAGGAGCUCUUGGCUUAUGCGAAGGCAGGUGCUGUAGCAGAAGAAGUCUUGUCUGCCAUCCGGACAGUUGUUGCUUUUAAUGGACAGGCAAAAGCGGUAUCAAGAUAUGAAACAAACCUCAAGGAGGCUAAAACUGCUGGAACUAAAAAGAGCAUCACAUCUAAUAUUUCUUUGGGUAUAUCCCAAUUUUUGAUAUUUGGUUGCUAUGCACUUGGCUUUUGGUAUGGAACAAAACUCACAGUAGAUGAGAAAGAGACCUAUGAUAUUGGAACAGUGUUGAUUGUGUUUUUUUCAGUGGUCAUUGGUGCAUUUUCCAUUGGACAAGCUUCUCCAAAUUUGGAAUAUUUGGCUAAUGCUCGUGGAGCAGCCUAUGAGGUUUUUAGAAUUAUCAAAAAGCCCCGUCACAUAGAUAGCAGUUCUGGUGAAGGGCUCAAGCCAGACAAGUUCCAAGGAGAGAUUGAAUUCAAAAACAUCCAUUUCAGCUAUCCCUCCAGACCUGAUGCUCACAUUCUCAAAGGUCUGAACUUAAAAAUCCAGCCUGGAAAAACAAUUGCUCUUGUGGGUUCCAGUGGCUGUGGGAAAAGCACUGCCAUUCAGCUACUGCAGAGAUUCUAUGAUCCAGUGGAAGGACAGGUUACCAUUGAUGGACAUGAUAUCCGGACGCUUAAUAUCAAGUGGCUGAGAGAAAACAUUGGCAUUGUAAGCCAGGAACCGGUUUUGUUUGGGACCACAAUAGCAGGCAACAUUCGGUAUGGCCGGGAGGAUAUUACUGAUGCUGAAAUUGAGCAGGCGGCUAAAGAAGCGAAUGCUUAUGACUUCAUUUCAAAGCUCCCUGAUAGGUUUAACACCAUGGUUGGAGAAAGGGGAGCCCAGCUGAGUGGAGGGCAGAAACAGCGCAUUGCUAUUGCCCGUGCCCUGGCCAGAAACCCCAAGAUCCUGCUGUUGGACGAGGCUACCUCUGCUCUGGAUACUCAGAGCGAAUCCAUAGUGCAAGCAGCACUUGAUAAGGCCAGGGCUGGUCGUACCACCAUUGUGAUUGCUCACAGACUCUCCACAAUCAAGACAGCAGAUGUUAUUGCAGGCUUUGAGAAGGGCAUUCUUGUGGAGCAAGGGACACAUGAAGAACUCAUGGCACAGAAAGGUGUUUACUAUGGCCUUGUAACGCAACAGUGUUAUGGUAGAGAUGAUCAUGAGGAUAAAACAGAAGAGGAGGAGACAGAUUCUGAGGAUGAUGAUAUUGACCAUGUUGAGAAUGAUGACCUAAAGAAUCUGGAGGAAAAUUACUCAGAAAAUCCUACUGGCAGCAAAGAAAUGCUUAAUGGGAGAAGCUUUCGAAGACAGUCCAACAGACGCAGUAUCAGUAGGAUUUCUACUAAAAGAUACUCUGCAAAAAAGAAGAAAAUGAAACAAAAGACAGUGAAAAGGGAUAAAGUGGAAGAGAAACUCCCUGAGGUGCCUUUUUACAGAAUUCUGUCUCUGAAUAAGCCUGAAUUCUGCUAUAUUGUGGUUGGAGUCAUUGCUGCUGCCUUUGGAGGUACUGUCAGCCCUGCGUUUGCUGUUCUGUUCAGUAAAAUCAUUGGGGCUUUUGGAGAACAAGAUGAUAUAAAGAAAAGCCAAAACACUACGAAGUUUUCCCUGUUGUUCCUUUUGCUGGGAACAGUCAGCUUAAUAACACAUAUAAUCCAGGGAUUCAUGUUUGCAAAGUCUGGAGAAGCACUCACCAUGCGACUGAGAUCGCUUUCAUUCAAAGCAUUGCUUCAACAGGAAAUUGGGUGGUUUGAUGACCAUAACAAUGGCAUUGGGGUCUUGUUAACCAGACUUGCAACAGAUGCUUCCCAAGUCAAAGGGGCUACUGGAAGUCGAUUGGCCUUAUUGACCACAACCAUCGUUACACUUGUGACAGCUGUUGUCAUUGCAUUCAUGCAUGGCUGGCAAUUAACAUUGUUUAUCCUGGCCUGUAUUCCUUUCGUCGCUGUUACGGAGACUAUUAGUGUUAAAACAAGAACUGGCAAUGCAGCAAAGGAUCAAAAAGCACUCGAAGAAGCUGGAAGAAUUUCAGCAGAAGCUGUAGAAAAUAUAAGAACUGUGGUUGCGUUAACAAGCGAAGACAGGUUUUUCGAGAAAUAUAAGAAAAGUUUAGAAGUUCCAUACAGGGAUGCUCUGAAGAAAGCACCUCUUAAUGGAAUUUCAUAUGCCAUAGCCCAAAGUUACAACUUUUUUAUAAAUGCUGCUGUCUUCAGAUUUGGAGCAUGGCUUCUUGCUCAUUGUCUCAUGAACUUUGAACAACUUUUUAUAGUCUUCACCAUACUGAUUUUUGCUGCUAUGACUGUUGGUCAUUCUAACUCUCUUGCACCUGAUUUUGGCAAAGCAAAAGUUUCUGCCCAAAGAAUUUUUCAGCUUUUGGAUCGGAAGCCACCAAUUGAUAGCUGUAGUGAAGAAGGUGAAAAAUUGGAGAAAUUUGAAGGCAACAUUGAAUUCAAGGAUGUUCACUUUGGAUAUCCAGCCAGAGCAGAAGUUCAAGUUUUGCAAGGGCUCAGUGUACAGGUUACCAAAGGGCAGACUCUGGCACUGGUGGGGAGCAGCGGCUGUGGCAAAAGCACCUCCAUCCAGCUUCUGGAGCGGUUCUAUGACCCGCGAUCAGGACAAGUGUUAGCAGAUGGAGUUGACACCAAGUGUCUACACAUCCAGUGGUUCAGAUCCAGGCUGGGCCUUGUGCAACAGGAACCUGUUCUGUUUGACUGCAGCAUUGCAGAGAAUAUCCAGUAUGGAGACAACAGCAGGGCAGUCAGCCAGGAAGAAGUGGAAGCAGCCGCUAAAGCAGCAAAUAUUCACCACUUUAUAGUCAAUCUCCCAGAGAAAUACAAUACUCGUGUAGGGGAUAAAGGAGCCCAACUUUCGGGAGGACAGAAACAAAGAAUAGCCAUAGCUCGUGCCCUUGUCCGAAAACCAGCAGUUCUGCUUCUAGAUGAAGCCACGUCAGCUCUUGACACAGAAAGUGAAAAGGUUGUCCAACAAGCCUUGGAUGAAGCUAGAAAAGGUCGAACCUGCAUUGUUAUUGCUCACAGAUUGUCAACUAUCCAGAAUUCAGACAUCAUAGCAGUAAUCGAGAAUGGCACAGUGAUAGAACAGGGAACCCACAGCCAGCUGCUGGCAUUGAAGGGGUUCUAUUAUGCCUUUGUCAAUGCACAAAUAUCCCAUUAGACCACAAGUUCCCUCUUAUGCGUAGAACCAGAAAGAGGAUGUAGGAAAAUGAAGGGCCAAGGGACUAAGUACUGAAAAGUAUUCUGCAUGUCAAAGGAGGUUUUGGGCUUCUGUCCAUCAAAAAGCAGUCCUCCCCCGCUACAGUGUCUGUGCAACAUGGCAAAUAGCUUUCGAAACUGAAAGGACGAUGUUAUAGGGGUAGGGAAGACUGGAUUUCCUGUUGAAAGGAGAGAAAGUAAAGAACACCAUUAGAUAUGGCCAAGUCCAACAUCUAAAGUGACUUGCAGGAUCCCUGUCAUUAUUAAGGGAGUUUGUAAUGUGGUGUUGCUGAAGGGUUUUCAUUGGUUCGAUGUUCUUUAUUGCUUUAAUUUUGGUCUUUUUAAUUGUGUUUUUAAUGUAUUUGUUUUUCUGUUAUGUUUUAAUUAAGAUUUUUAAAAUCUGGAUUUUAUUGUUAGCUGCCUU